CAGGCCAGCCAAGCCUUUACCCCAACAAUACUCAAAUCACAUCCAAAAAUCUCAUUCAAAAAUCCAACACAGACACUCCAAAUCUCUCUUCCUCUCUUUGAUCUACAAUCAUCACACGCACACACUUCAGAUUAUCUCUGUCUCUGUCUCUCUCUCUCUCUCUCUCUAUAUAUAUAUAUAUAUAUCUGUGUGUAUAUCAGUGUGUGCUAGGAGAGUGGGUGACCAACCAACAAUGUAGGAAUGGCUCAACAAAGACAACAAUCAACAUUCGACAAACUUCAUAACAACAAUGAUCAUGUUUCCGUCGGAAUCCGCCCCUCUGCCGGCGCCGGCAAACAACCUCGAACGAACCUCCAUCGCCGGUUCAAAACACGGCGGCUUUCCAUCGGGUCUUUUGUUAUUGUUGCUCUGACACUUAUCUUUGUUGUAUCCGCUUCUGCUUUUUUCUUUCUUUCUUAUAAAGAUAAGGAUGAUGACACCGAUCAUCAUGAUGAUUUUGGGGUCGAUUUGGAUUUCCUUGCGAACGUGACACGUACAGAAAGAGCGAAGAUUCUGAAGUUUGGGCAUGGUUUGGUUGGGCAUGGCCGCGACUCUCGGUAUUGGGAUAGGGAUGAUAGGAGAAGAGAUGAUGAUUAUGGUGAGGAAUUAGUAAGCCGGUCGGAAAAUGGUGCUCGUGAUGAGACUGUUGCUAAUGAUGGUGUACAGCCGAAAGUAGAUGAUGGAAGGAAGGUGUUUGAAGGAGAUAAAAGGAGGUCAGAUCGUCGGGUAGCUGGUUUGUAUAAUGAAGCUGGGCGUAAUGAGUUAAAGAUGUAUGAAGCGGAGUAUGAGGCUUCUUUAAAGGGUGUUUCGGCAUCUAUGAAGGAAAGUAAGAGUGUGAAACAUCUGACAGAUGAUAGAGAUUUGCAUAAGCAUUAUGAAGAAGAUGAUUUGGAUGACGAGUAUAAUGAUGAGAUUGAUAUGCAUGAUAUUCGACUUGAAGACUAUAACACUGGUCUUGGAAGGGACCAUCACACCGAUGUAGGAGUCUCUCAAGGUGUAGAUGGCGGAGGAUCUUCAGUUAAAGAUAAUACUGAUAAGCCAAUUGAGGAUGCUGCUGAUGACUUGUCUGUGGAUGGUUUGGAUUCUGACAAACUCAAGGCUCAUGGCAGACAUGUCAAUGAUGUACAAUCCUCAAAAAGGGCCAUUUCUGAGAGGAAAAUUGCUUCCAAGAAGAGGCCAAAGCGUCGGAAAUAUUCAGGUGCUUGUAAUAUGAAAGUUCUUAAUUCUACCGUGACGCUUGUUGAGCCUCCCGAAAAUCAGAAAUUUGCAAAAUUUUCUUUGGGAUACACGGAACUGGAAGAGAACAUUGACAAAUUGGAAUCAUGGGAGCCCCGUUUUGCUGGGCAUCAGAGUUUAGAGCAAAGGGAACAAUCAUUUGUUGCACAUGAUCAGACGCUUAGCUGUGGCUUUGUGAAGAGCCCUAAAGGAUAUCCUAGCACAGGAUUUGACUUGGCUGAAGAGGAUGAAGCAUAUAUUAGUAGUUGCCAUAUUGCCGUGAUUUCAUGCAUAUUUGGCAAUUCUGAUCGUCUCAGAUCACCCAUGGGGAAAACGGUUUCUCGUUUUUCAAGGAAAAAUGUGUGUUUCGUCAUGUUUGUAGAUGAUGUUACCCUAAAAACUCUUUCUUCGGAAGGACAUAUGCCUGACAGAAUGGGUUAUAUUGGUAUAUGGAGGAUUGUGGUUGUAAAGAAUCUUCCAUACACCGACAUGCGGAGAGUAGGAAAAGUACCGAAACUUUUGGCACACCGUCUAUUUCAAAAUGCAAGGUACUCCAUUUGGUUGGAUAGCAAGUUACGCCUCCAACUAGACCCUUUACUCGUGUUGGAGUAUUUUUUGUGGCGAAAGGGUCGUGAGUAUGCAAUUUCUAAUCACUAUGAUCGCCAUUGUGUCUGGGAAGAAGUGGCUCAAAAUAAAAGGCUCAACAAGUACAAUCAUACUAUAAUAGAUGAACAAUUUGCCUUCUAUCAGGCUGAUGGUUUGACAAAAUUCAAUCCAUUGGAUCCUCAAAAGCUUCUCCCAAGCAAUGUACCAGAAGGUUCUUUUAUUGUAAGGGCACACACGCCAAUGUCAAACUUGUUCUCAUGCCUCUGGUUCAACGAGGUUGAAAGGUUUACACCUCGUGAUCAGUUAAGCUUUGCAUAUACAUACCAGAAGCUAAGGAGGAUGAACCCAUCCAAGCCCUUUUACUUUAGCAUGUUCAAGGACUGUGAAAGGCGAAAGAUAGCAAAGUUGUUUCGGCACAGGUCAGAGGAAACAAGAUAUUCUGUUGGACAGGAUACAGAGUAGAUUACGUUCGUCUUCGUUUACUUGUUUUUAUACAUGGAUCAACGUUUCUGGUGUUUAUGAUCGUGAGAAAGGGAGUAUCUGCUGGUAAGACCAUCAAUCAUUUGUAUAUUUUGGUAUUUCCAUAAGCUCAGAAAUGACAGAAGUGAAUGAUCGGUAACGAUACAAGAAGAGGUCACACAAGCUCCCCUUUGAUAUUCUGCUCAGGGCUCUAAAUCUAAUAGCAAUGCACCCGAGAAUGAAACCAGUAGCUGCAGCCGCGUUAAGCUUGUACAAUAACAUUAGCAGUAGAGUGUUAUUUGUUGAUUAUAAUGUGAUGUUUUCGGUCUGUACCUUUAUAGAUAUUACAAUAGAUAGUUGUAACAUCAAGAAUUUUGAACUAAGAUUGAUUCAUUUUUGGCCCUGAUGCUGUUUCUACA